CAUAUUAAAGAUCGGCCGUGUGUAGGUGGAAAAAUGUGAAAAAUCCUGCUUACACGAUAUCAGAUCAGGGUAUCGUUUUUUUUUAUAAACGUGUGCUUGUUUUUACGCGUGUGAGCGCUGGAUGAUGCAAGUCUAUUUAUAAGUUCUCCUCCCUGUGCGCUGUUCUUCCGGUGAAUGAAGCAUAGUGGGGAGAAUCGGGUGGUUUGUAUAGUGCCGUCAAAUUGAUUGGUGAAAGUGUUGUUUUGAAUCGUAUCGUUGUCUUCUUUUUUUGUGAAUCAUUUUACGUGUAAGUGUUUUUUUUACACAAAUAGUUGUGUGUUCUUGUUGUUAAAAAUGCAUGUUGGUUUUAGGGAUGUGAUUGAAACCAAUCUCCAACCUCAGCAUAAUCAUUUAAGUAGGCAAUGUAAACAAACACAACAUGCGUACAGUGAUGUCUCAAAAAUGUGCACAUCGGCUUUGGGAAUUAAACCACUUCUAAUUGGGCUUAACAAUCCCGAAAGAUUGUUGUUUUGUUUUAAAAAUGGUUUUGGCAUUUUGUGUGCAAGCGAUGAUGCAUUUCUGCUUUUACUACAUCCAACAAACAGCAUAGAGAAGCAUCCCUGACGCUCUUAUUCAAACUGGUGCAACACUUCUAUCCCACACUGUCGCUGGUUUGACGUUUGCGCCACAACAAAAACAACAACAAACAGCCCUGCUCGCGCUCUCGCUGCUGGCACUCACGGCAGCUCGCGCGCUCUCUGCGCACAUGCGCACACUGCAGAGACCGAGAACGAAAAUACCCGUUUUUCCUCGCAAGGGUGAAAGGAAAGGAUCCGUGUUAUUUUUUUUUGUUCAACACCACCAGCCUUCCUGUACGCACACGCUGUUUUGUCAUUAAACACGUAGUCUGAAGUAGUUUCGCUUCGUUUUGUGUUGUCGUGCUGCCGCCAGACACGCAUUUUGUUUGUCGGCUUUGUUAGUUAAAUCGUUGCCUUCACAGACACACGCAAUCUGUGAGCCGGUAGUGGCUUUCCGAGUUUGGUUCGAGGAACAGUAGAACCUUUCCAAAAACAGCUCUUUUUACGCUAGCAAUGGUUUAGGAAGUGUCGCUGUCAGAAGGGACAUGUUCCACAGCACUGUGCAGUUUGGUUUGCUUUUGUUUAGUGCAAAACUGUGACUCGCGUUAGCGUCGGAAGCCUUCUGCUGGUCCUUCACCAACCGCCACCGACCUCACCAUGUCCACCAACAAAAUACACAAGGUGUUCCUGUACAGCUUGGCCAUCUCGCUGAUAGCCAUCUUCAUAACGCUCGCCAGCAAAGUGUUCCCGAUCGCCAAUCUGCCGCUGAGCACAAAUCUCAUCAUCGUCGGCACCUGUCUCGCCAACUUUGCCUCCGUCAUAGCGCUCAUCAUCGGGAUAGUAACGCGCCGGCCCCGAUUGGUGAAGAUCGUUAAAAUCUUCAGCUACGUACAGCUGGGUGCUAUUUUCGUACUGAUCUGCCUUGCCGCCGCCCUGCUCUACUUCGUCCGGGUGGACGUGGAGCACACCGUCGAGCCGGUCGUGCGACAAAAAUCGUGACACGCCGAGUCCAACGACCCACGGAGAUGAAUUAUGGAGCAGACAAGAUUCGCCGCUCGGCCAAUGGGAGGGAAAAUGGGGACAAACUAUCGAAAUAGGGAGUGCUGUGUGUGUGUGUGUGCGUGCAUGUGUGAUGUUUUGUAACGGAAAGCGAAAAGUGGCAAUAAAUAUAACGCCCGUGUGACACACGCCGGGUGCGCAAUCAAAGCAA